GAGUAUAGUGACCUCUGGUAGUCUGAGAACGGUGCAUGACAAGAGACACACCGCCGAGCCGACAGUCCCGCCCGGCCGACCGAUCCGCAGGCAUGGAGAGCUGCAUCCUGAUCCCGCCGCAGCUAGCCGUGGGACCGUCUCACGUAGGAGACCAGACCAACUUCCUAGAGAUGAGCAUCAGCGUCUGGUCGGCACAAACUCUCCGGCCCGGGACCGUCUUCCUGCCCGACCAGGGCAGAGUCGUGCUCGACAGACUGGAGGUCUACACCUAUCUUAAAAAGGACGACGUACGUCACGAGUUUGGUAAUUAUGACGACAUCCAGGUGGUGGACGACAGGAGGGUGCGACACUGUAACUGGGUGCGCUUCCUCAGGUCAGCAGAUAAACAGGACGAUGUCAGUUUGGUAGGUUACCGCGAGAAGGACAGAGUCUACUUCAAGGUUGUCAAACUCGUCCCGCCCAACACCGAGCUGCUGGCGUCCUUCCAGCGGGACCGGGAGGCUACCGACCCCGCAGCUGAGGCGGCGGAGAGCCAGCGACUAUUCCUGGAGUUCACGGCCCCUCUCUUCGCUGCGCUGCAACAAAGACUGGGCGAGCGAGGCUCUGAUCCUCCCACCAAGCGGACCAGCCCAGACUUGUCCCCGGGCGCGCGCGCACAGGCGGCCCGCAGCAUCACCCUGGUCACCCCGCCACUGGAGGAGGAAGAGAAGAAGGCCCUGAGUAGCGCGACGGGCCAUCUUGGGCACCAGAUUGCUCAGAUCUCUCAUUCAGUGAAGUCGGCCCUCCCGCCAUUCCGUCCUCAGACCACCCCUACUUCACAUCCCCAGACUCCCACUUCACAUCCCCAGACUCCCACCUCACAUCCCCACACCUCCACCCCGCAUCCCCUCACCCGCACUGCACAUCCCCUUCCCCCCACCGCACAUCCCCUUCCCCCCACCUCACAUCCCCCCACCCGGCGGCGGAACGGCGAGAGGACGCUCCUGCCUUGUGAUGUGUGCGGUAAGGCGUUCGACAGGCCGUCUCUUCUUAGGAGGCACAUGCGGACGCACACAGGUGAAAAGCCGCACGCCUGUGACGUGUGUGGUAAGGCCUUCAGUACGUCCUCUUCCCUCAACACACACCGGCGGAUACACAGCGGCGAGAAACCGCACGUGUGCCAGGUGUGCGGCAAACGCUUCACAGCUUCAUCCAACCUGUACUACCAUAGGAUGACGCACAUGAAGGAUAAGCCCCACAAGUGCACCAUGUGUUCCAAGUCUUUCCCGACCCCUGGCGACCUGAAGAGCCACAUGUACGUCCACAACGGCUCCUGGCCGUUCAAAUGUGACGUCUGCAACAGGGGCUUCAGCAAGCUGACCAACCUCAAGAACCACAUGGUCCUACAUUCCGGUAGGCUCUUAUAUGAGUGCCCGCUGUGUAACAAACGGUUUGCCCUGCCCUGUAACCUACGCACCCACCUGAAGACAGUCUGUCACCAGGGACAAUUGCCCCAGCAGCCGUGUGCACGGUGUGGCCAGGUCCUGACACAGGAGGAACUGUCCCGCAACCCCAAUGGCAUGUGCGGCCCCUGCUGCCUGGCCAAGAUGGACCUGUCCAGCCGGGACAGGCCCCACCUUCAGCCGGGGUUCUUCCGUGCCAUGGAGAUGAAGGUCGAGCACUGAUACACCAGGGAAGCAGCAAAUGGCAGAG